AAGCUCUGACCUCAACCUCCUCGACGCCUCUCUCAGCAUGACUUCGCACGACAACGAUCCCUUCUACCUCAGAUACUACACCGGCCAUUCUGGAAAACACGGACACGAGUUCCUCGAGUUCGAGUACUCGCAUGGCCGUCUCCGUUACGCGAACAACUCCAACUACCGGAACGACAGUCUGAUCCGCAAGGAAAUGUGGGUGGGACCGCUGGUGGUGAAGGAGCUGAAGCGCAUCGUGGAGUCGAGUGAGAUCACAAAAGAAGACGAUACGAAUUGGCCGAAGAAAAACAUCGUCGGCAAGCAGGAGCUUGAAAUCCGGGUAGGCAACGACCACAUCGCAUUUGAGACUGCAAAGCUCGGAUCUCUAGUAGACAUUCAGGACAGUGAGGAUCCGGAAGGGCUCCGUGUCUUCUACUACCUCGUCCAGGAUCUCAAGUGCCUCAUCUUCUCGCUCAUUUCCCUGCACUUCAAGAUCAAGCCGAUUUAGCUGUUGUGUCUCCAUUGGUCUGCUGUCUGUAGUAGUAUGUGCUAAAAUUCUGCUCUGCCGCUCGUAUGUUAUGGUUCUUGCAGCGUAUACAUAGGCCGUUCCAUCCCAUGA